AUGGACUUCAUCUUCCAAGACUUCAGCACUGCGACGGCGGAAGGCAACGGCUACCAGCUGGCUCAGACCCUGUCACCAGAGUUGCCUGCAGAAACCCUGAAGAUCAUAUGGAAGAGCACCAACCACAACGAUGCGCGGGGUUAUAUACGGCGGAACCUUAAGAAUGGACCAUCGCCACUCAAAGUCUCGAAUCAGGAGAUCGAUGCCUGGACUGACGUCUACUUGUCCUACUGGACAGCCGUGGGUGCCAUCCUGGCGGUUCAAGGCGACAUCGUGGCUCCCGGUAAGCCGUCCUGGACCAGUGUGUACCAGGCCUGGAAAGACAUGACCCUGUUCCUCAAACGCGGCUAUCAAGAAUUCGGCUUCGAAGCCUGGACGAUACCAUGUCUCUAUACCGCUGGGAAGUACCUGAGAGUGUUCGCCAUCAAGGCAGACGAUGAGCGAGGCUUAAACGCGGCGGACUCUGGAGCCGCGAAUUUGGGUGAUGAUUUUGAUCCAGAAAUGGAAGCCCAUCAAACCUUGGAGGAGUGUGCGCGCCAUCUGAACGGGCUGUUCUCUCUCUGCCUCACCGACCGGGCACCCAUUCAAGAAUCCAGGAAAUGGGCCAUCUACUACAUCAUCAAUCUGCUUUUCAAGACGUACUUCAAGCUCAACAAGGCCAGGCUUUCCAGGACGAUUCUGAAGAAUCUCCACGCAUACCAAGGAAACAUGCCCCAGCUGGAUCAGUUUCCAAAGUCCCAGCAAGUCACCUUCAAGUACUACGAGGGCGUCCUCUUCUUCCUUGAGGAAAACUACGUGGAGGCCGAGAAGCGUUUAGCAGAGGCGUUGGCUCUCUGCCACAAAGAUGCACAGAGGAACAAGGAGCUAAUUCUAACCUAUCUCAUUCCCUGUCACCUACUCACCACCCAGACCCUUCCGACCCACGCCCUCUUGGACCCUUAUCCCCGGCUGCAGAAGCUGUUCCUGCCCUUGGCCCAGUGCAUAAAGAGGGGCGACCUGUACGCUUUUGACCAGGCACUGAAGGAGGGCGAGGACGAAUUUGUCAAACGCCGGAUCUAUCUUCCCCUUGAACGGUCUCAUGAUACUUGUCUCCGGAAUUUGUUGCGGAAGGUCUUCAUUGCAGGCGGAACGGUUCCAGACGUAGAUCCGCCCACCCGGCGGACACGAAUCCCUAUCGCCGAGUUCACGGCCGCCAUUAGCUUGAGCAGCAAGCAGCAGGUUGACUCGGAUGAAGUCGAGUGCUUGCUCGCUAACAUGAUCUACAAAGGUUUCAUGAAGGGUUACAUAGCCCGCUCAGCACAGUUCGUGGUGCUGAGCAAAAAGAACGACGCGUUCCCGAACACAGGUGUCUGA